AUGCCCUUCUACGACGUCCAACAUAUUGUGCCUCUUACUGAUGCUCAACAASACGAGCUCGCAGAAGCCAUCACCACAAUUCAUUCCACCAGGUUCAGCACACCUCGAAUGUUCGUCAAUGUAAAGUAUACAGACACCUCCAAGCAAGUGACAUACAUCGGCGGCAAGCGACGCACUGGCAAUCUCAUUAUCGCCAACGUUCGCGUGGGUCCUUCCCGCACACAAAAGGAUUGGGAUGAUCUUUGUCUCGAAGUCGUGAAGGCUUGGGAUGGAAUCGUGCCGAUGCCCAAGGUUAAGAGGAGUGCUCCGGAUCUGGACCACUCGUUGAGAGGUUUGUUCAUUCUUGGUGGAAUGACGGCUGGUUAUGAGGCUGGGUUCUUGAUUCCGCCUGCUGGAGGRGAUGUUGCGUGGUUGCAAGAGCAUAUGAAGGAAUUUGAGACGCUGGCUAAGAACGGAAAUGAGGAGUUUGCGGAAAUGAUCCAGGAAAUCAAGUCGAGGGGUUUGCUUGAUGGUGCUAAUGGGAAGAGCUCCAAGCAGAAGUUGGAGGAGGCUUUGGGUUGGGGAGACAGUGCUUGA